CCUCCCUCCCCCCUUAAGUCUGUACGCAAGAGAUAUUUCUCAGUGGAGCAGCGACGAACUAUAGAGCAAAUAAUGGGAAGGAGUAUACGCGGUGUUUCCUACGCUGAAAGCCUGGCUGCCUCCGCCGAACACCGACUUUUGCUCUUCAGCGGUAUUUUCCGGAGGGACUAGUUUUCGGGAAAAAGCGAGCGAGCUACCAGGCUAGCUUCGCAGCUACAACUGCUGCCUUAUUGUGGCCCGCAACCAACCCUCCCAGCUGGCAUCCGUCGCAUGCACAAGAGGAAAAAAUGGUGUACCUGUUAAAUCCUAUAGAGAACCUGAGAAGCUACAUCAACAACCGUCCACCGCUGGUCAUUUUUAUGAUCAGCGUCAGUGCAGUGGCCAUCGCCUUCCUGACCAUCGGUUAUUUCUUCAAGAUCAAGGAGAUCAAGUCUCCAGAGUUGACAGAGGACUGGAACACCUUUCUGCUGCGCUUCAAUGAGCUGGACUUUUGUGUGUCGGAGAAUGAAACGAUAAAGCACGGUCUGAAUGAGUCGACCACGCCAGAGAGCAUGGUCGUGACCAGCGGCCAAGCUCGUUCCAGUACCCAGGUUCCCCUCCUGCUAGAGGACUCUGGUCCCAUCAACAUCUCAGUCCCCAUCACCCUCACGCUGGACCCCCAGCGCCCGUUUGGAGGCUACUCUCGCAAUAUCACCCACCUGUAUGCCACAGUGCUGGGGCAGCAAGUUGGCCUGUCGGGCCGGGAAGCCCAUGAAGAAAUAAACAUCACUUUCACCCUGCCUUUAUCCUGGAACUCAGACGACUGUGUGCUGCACGGCCACUGCGAACAGGUGGUGUUCAGCACUUGCAUGACCAUCACUGCGGCCAGCAAUAUCUUCCCAGUCACAGUGCAGCCGCCACACUGCGUGCCAGAGACGUACACCAAUGCCACAUCUUGGUACAAGGUGUUCACCACAGUCCGUGACUCAGAUACCAAGUACAGUCAGGACUACAACCCCUUCUGGUGUUACAAAGGAGCCAUCGGCAAGGUGUACCACGCACUCAACCCAAAGCUCACCGUCAUCGUUCCUGAUGACGACCGCUCCCUCAUCAACCUGCACCUGAUGCACACAAGCUACUUCCUGUUUGUCAUGGUCAUCACUAUGUUCUGUUAUGCAGUCAUCAAGGGGCGACCUGGCAAAGUACGGCAAACCAACCCUGACUUCUGCCCUGAGAAGGUACAACAGACACCAGCAGUGCUAUAUGACGUGAACAGGUGGCGUUGUCAGAGGGUUAAAAAGACAUCAGAGAGCUAUGUCGGAACUUACCUGUAACAUGGACAAACUCGAAGAAACAGAAGAAAUAAAAAUAAACAUACCAGUUGCCUAGUGAACCUUGGAAAUACAAUAAGGGACACAAAAGCUCUGUGAAUGCAUUACUCUUGCAAUGUUGGGUUUCUCCAACCAAAGAUAUACAAGUGCCUGUAUCUGUCGUGUAAAUAUUUGUAGGAACUCUGAUAUUUCUGUGCAAAACCUUUUUCUUCUUCUUUUUGUUUAUUAUUAUUUUAUUAUUUUGCCUGAGUCCCCUUGUGCCAUGUCAGAACAUGCAGUAUAUAUUAAAAAAAAAGCAGAAGGCCAGAUCCAAGAACUACACAACCACCAUUUUUCUAUUCGCUCUCAUUUACCAAGACAGAUAGAGAAACCACAGAAACCGUUUCUGGCACACAGAUUUCAGUUUUAAGUAUUUGCUGUAAAUGUUUGGAUAUCUGAUAAUCCGCCUGUAAACAAAGUAUUUUUAUCUCCCGUGAUGAGAAAGCAUGAGGAUUAGUCACUUGAAAUAUGUUUAAGUGAACUAAAUAUGCUCGAGUACCCCAGCGGAGAUAUUUACUUUAGGAUGAGAUGCUUGUAACACAUUUAUAAUUAAAUCUUCAGUAUGCAUUUGCCAUUGCAGCUUCAGCAGGGAAGACAAUAGAUUCCUCUCUGCACCGGACUCCACAGUGUAAUCAGAUCAGAAUUUGGACAUUACAUAAAGUCUGUUCAAAAGUAGCAAUUAGAUUUGUUUUAAUUGAACUCUCUUUGACCUUUACCAAAUUACCAAUUAUGUUUCCCUGUGUGUCUGCAAUGUCAAUGGAGGUGGAGUAAAGUAUUUAGCUGAUUGCACUGUGCACAUUAAUAUAUGAACAGAAUACAGCGUCAACAGUUAAGUUAAUGAGUCCCAUUGUCUCAGUUUGUUUCCUAUUAGGCUUAUCAGUGAGUCCAUUUAAUGGCAGUUAAAUAAGCUGCUGCACUCCUGUGGUUUGUGUUGAAAAUAAUCUUUUACUGUGAGACAAGUAGAUGUUGUCACACUCAAAAUAUGAGUUCUUUUUCCUUCCUGUGUGGCUUUAUCACUCACCUGCCUCUCGUCUGUAACUCGCUGCCCGUCGCUGCAGCAGUUUUGUAGUUUUGGCUUCUAGACUUAAGCGAUGUUCAAUACAGUCUUCUUUGUUGCACCUGGAUGAAGCAAAACAUUAUCUUGCCUUACCUACGGUGGACUUGCUUGCUUGAAAACAGAUGGGGAGAUCAGUUUCUCUCCUUCCAACGUUAACUUGCCAGUCCCUUCUUCCACAGCCAUCUCUUCUCUUUUUGUUUCUUCCAGUUUGAGGAGCCUGUGGUUUGAAAUCAAACUUGUGAUCUUUGUCCUUGUUAAUGUAAAUGUCAAAUGGCCCUUGAGUUAUUAUAUUAUAGGAUGCGUUUGAGUUACUUAUGCUUUUAUUUUAAGCAAAUCAUUAUCAGUUGCACGUUUUCAAGGGUUUGCAUAGUUGCUGCACCUUUUAGAUUUCUUGCACAUUUUGUGUUAUUUGCUCCUGUGAUGAUUUUUCCUUUUUUUUUGUCCGAGGUCACAUGUAAACAGUCUGAUAUUGAACUAUAUGUUUAGAGUUGGACUCCUUCUGAAAAUAAAUAUAAUUAUAUAUUAGUAUAUAAUUAUAUUUAUAUAACUGAUAAUAUAUUUAUGAUUAAAUCAUUUAAUUUUUUAUUAUUUUGUAGUACAACAAAAUGUGCAAAAACUCACUUGGUGUGUGAUUGUGUGUAAGUGAGUUUGGGAAAUGUUUAAAUAAAUAAAAGGCGGCUUUAGACUGUGAUUCUCUGAAGUCUCCUUUCAAGUGUCUGGUAUUGAAAGAAUGCUUGUUUCUUCAAUGCACUAGUCGAGAUUGACUUGACAGGACACACAAAUAAAACAAACUCACCCGACUUCCUCCUGCAAAACCUUUUCACAUGGAUUGCUGUGACUCGUUUCGUUGAGCUGAAACUUUUAACUGUAGCUUUAAUGAUGAAUUUAAUGCUCUUCCAAUGCUUAUAUAAUUCAUAUUUUGAUACCGCGGCAGACUUUGACAAUCAUUUCUUCUAAAUGUACUGCAAUUUGCAAUAAGAAACAGAAUAGUGCUCUGAUUAGAUUAGAUUAAGAUUUUUGUCAAUGUUAAAAUCUCGAGUCACCGACCACUGUCCACUGUGCUGUCUAGACACAAACGUAAAAUCGAUUAAAAGGAAAACUACAGAAUAAAUAACAGUCUAAGUCCGCCUUUAAUGUCUGUUAUGUAUGACUUUUUUUCCAAUAGCAAUUACUGAUACAUUGUACUUACCUCUAUGUUAUAAUUUUGUUCCAUAAUUGAUGUACCUGUUGAAUGUACUUUUUUUUUUAUAAGCAGCAUAAUCUAAAUCUGAGAUGCAAGAAUUCCAAGUGAUUUAAACUCUGAUGUAGUUUUUUCAGUUUAAAAGGCUUUACUUGAAUUGUGUUUUUGUUCAGUGGUAUUCAUAUAUUAUAAGGUUUAUCCUUUUUGUGGCAAAUAAUGAAUCUGUUGUCACAUUAUUGUAUCACUUUGUACAUUUGUUUGAUUUCUGCGUGUGUGUUGGUGAAAGAGCGAAAGGUGGUUUGUCGCCCCCCCAAUAUUGACUGAUGCUAGGAUAAGUCUUCCAAAUUGUGAUGUGCAUCAUAUUUGAACAUGGAUCCGUUGCUUUUGCUGUCAUCGUCUGUCUCCUGUGCUUUCACGGUGGGAUUGUGCUUUUCUUUGGAAGAUCUGGCAGCUCUUAUUGAACGGGUGGAAAUUUUGGGUGUUGGAUGGGAAGCGGGUUGGAGUGCGAGUGAAGGGAACUUGAAGGUGUGAAUGAUGUAUGUCAUAUUAUUGCCAAACCACCAUGAUUUAUGUCUAUGAUCUGCAUUUACCAGCUUCUCCCUCAUGUGAUUACCUAUGUUUAUCUUUGGUUAGAAUUGCAUCUCUAUAAUUGCAAAAUGCCUUAACAUUGUCCAGUUCCAUUUGUUUUCUUUGUUUCACAUAUCGCAUAUUGUAAAACACGCCGGCUUUACAGAAACAAAUCCAAACACAAUACUAAUUUUAUCGCUUCGGAGCUAUAAGAUGUUCUAAUUACCAUGCUUGUUAAGUGCACAAUUAGAGAAAAGGAUUUUAAAAAGGAGCAGAUGCUUGCUGUUGUAGUUUUCAAACUACUCCACUAUAUCAGUAAGGACUGGAGUAAAAUACCGAGGAAGCAUAUUCUCCUUAGUUGCAUCAUCUCACAGUGUUCUCUGCUUUACAUUAAGCAAAAAGUCUUCAAUACAAGUCUGCCACUUCACCUUGUUAUCCUUUCUGUCAUGUUAGUAGCGCUUACAGGCAAGUAUUAAGCCAACUCUGUGCCUUCUGCACUGUCGAGCUGCAUCCUCCUCCCUGUACAUACAGUAGAUAGGACCGUAGGUUUAAUGUGGCUAGAACGUCAUUCAAACCCUUUUCCUCUCCAGUGGAACUGCUGUAAAUGAACUCAAGUUUAAAUAAACUGUCUCUAAAGUUCAC